UCAGAAAAUUGAGAAAAGAAAGAUUUGUCGGAAAAGCAGGGACAUGACGUCAAAAGCGCGCGCAAAGUUCCCUCCCACACUGUCUUCGAAGAUUUUGUCUUAUAAAAGACCUGUCACGAUUUACUUCUCCUGGAUUCUCUUGCUGCUAUUGCCUCAGUUUAUUCUUCCAAAACUUCAAAACAUUCACAAUGGCAAUCAAAGUUGCUUUCAUUGUUCACCUGCUGCUCUGCUUUUCCAUGAUAAGCAUCAUUGCUUCACGGCCACCUUCACCCAUAAAUUAUUUUCCUACCCAUUAUCACCCCUGGUCUAAGGAUGACUAUUCUGAUAAAGGCAAUUUCAUGAGCUCAUCUGAUUAUCGAGUCAAUGAUAUUCCUGAUGUAAGCAAUCUCAAAAAAGAAUUUAGGCCACAGUUUCCAGUCUACUCUAGUUUCCAAGAUGGUUUUGUGCCUACUGAUAUUUCUGCUCUAGAUAAUAUUUAUUGGUGGAAAAAGCGUUUCCCACAUUAUAAGAGUGGACCUGUGGAAGAUAUACCAUUCUUUGAUGAUACUGAUUCAUUGGACGGCUAUAUUACUGGUGGAGUUAAUAAACGCGACUACACUGCCGCUCAGCUUGUAAACAUGUUGAAAGCCAUAGCCAAGGCACGAAGACAACGACAGAUUAGGAUUGCUGGAAAGGGAUUGAGAUUUGGUAUCAGCAAAUGAGGUCCCUGUCUUACGUAUAGUUUAUGUCGAAUUCGUCCUUUGUAAAAAUCCUCUUUUGUUACACUUCUUAUUUCAAAUGUUUGGUAAUCACUGCAGCAGCAAAGACCUGUAAUGUCCGUUUAAGUAGAUUUAGCUCACCACAGUCAGAUGAUUGGCAAACUGCCAAAAAUGUAAAUUGUGGCAAAAUCAUCUUUUAGAUACAUUUCCUCAGUUAAAUUCUUCGUCAAAUUACAACCCGAUUAGUUUUCUAUUUAGUUUAUUUUUAAUAUAAUAUAAUGGAAUGAUAUUUAUUGGAUGCAUUGAUUUCAUGCAGUUUUUAAUGCAUUGCAAAUUUCUAAACUUUGGUACUCGCAAUUGAUUGAUAUACACUUAAAUAUUUCACAGCUGUUAAAGUAAUGCAAUUUCUAACCAGAUUUGUGCAUGUUAUUUAGCAAUAGUGAAGAAAAACUUUUUUAUUUAUGAGAGCAUAUGCUACAAAUGAAACUAUUGCUCAAAAUUUUAAAUCAAAAGAUCUAAAUAUGAAUGAAAUUGGAAUCUUUAGCUGUUAUAAUUUUAUACAAGUAUUUUAUUCCCUCUCUCAGUAUUUUACUGCCAUACUCGAAGUAGAAAAAAGUUUAUUAAUAUUUAUUAUUAAAGCCAUUCUUACCUGUUUAUAGAUCGGUUACACACUGUUAGAAAUAUUGGUUCACGGGAAACCAUAACAUCGUUGAAGUUUUCUGCUACCUUACUAUGGUUCGAAGUCGAACCAUAACGUUGAACACUUUAAAUAUUGAUUCCAUGAAACUAUGGUUCAAAUGGAAGAGAAAUUUGGUUUAAUUUAACGCCUCAUUAAAGUUGCAGCAAAUUUACAGGUUCUGGGUAUUGAUAUUAUAGUUCAGACAAAUGUUUCCGAGAGUCUAUUAGUCAUGAAAUAAGCAAUUUUGUCAUUAAUGCUGAAGAGUUCUAGUAUGCUUAACAACCCUGCAUGCAAUAAUACUCAUCCAGGAAAAAAGUGAAGCAAUUAGAUGUUCAAUUUAUUUAAACUAGAAGAUCUUUGCUGCAAUUCAUAUAAAAAGCCAAUGAUCUUUAAGCGAUCAAACUAUGGGCAUAUCGUACCAUGAUUUUGGCAACUAUUUUUAAAGCUAGAUGUAGUAAUCUACUGUCUAUGAAAGCUUUUCAUUUCAUGUAUCUUUUUAUUCUCAAUUUUGAAGUAUCUUGUUGUAUUUCACAAGAUCAUAAUCAUACUAUUAAACUUGCAAAUAUAUUUAUGAAUCAGAGAUAUUUGGAAAGCAAUAUCACCAGAUGUCAUUUGUUACCCAAUCUUUCACGAAGAUAUUCUCUUGGAUUUGAAUUAUUCCAUUUCUAUAGAAAUAUUAUAUUAAUCUUUCCUAAUCCCUUUUUUGUCGGAGCAAAUGCAUGUUAUAAACAAAACUAGCCUUAAGCAAGAUACUAAAGUUUAAAAUAAAUAUAAAGAAAAAAAAUUCGUUCACAUUAGAGGGAGUAAAUAAGAAAAAUAAUUAGGUAAAAUAAACAAAGAUGGAAGGAAAUAACUAUGUCGCUGAAACUUCGCCUAUUUCAUGUUAGCACUAAAAUUUAAAAAAAAAAUGAUGUAUUACUGAUAAAUAGUUCUAUGUAAUCAUUACUUAUGAUUAAGUCAUGUUCUUAUUCUCUUAUAUUUAUUUGUAAAACAGUUUUAAAAAUAUAAAUUUGGAUUUUAAAAGCAGUGAAAUGGAAUAAAAUAGAAUGGUACAGUACACCACCAUAUUUUAAGAUUUUUGACUUUAAUUUUUCUUUAUCGAUUUUCUUCCACUGAUAUAACAAGGAAAAACGGAAGGAAGAAAAUUUCUUUCUCCAUUCGUCUCCUGUCACGUGGUUUCCUUUUGAGAGCAAAAUUUAUAUUUAAGUAUGUUCUCUACUUACAUUACAGCUUUGUGAGUGUAAGCCAAUUACAGCGUUAUGGUUAAGGAUUUUUUUUUUUUGAAAUAUUUUCUUAAAACAUAUUUUUAGACCUUUUUUAACUAAUGUGAAAUGAAACAAAAAUGGUACUAUUACUUUUAUUGUUAUUUACGAUCAUAACAUUUUAAAAAAAGCAUCAAAACAAUUAAGCAGUUAAUGGGGAAAAAAAGAAUGAUUAUAUACAAUGGAGUGGCUAAGAAUAUAUUCACUUCUUGAAUAUCGAAUUUCGUGAGUCGAUUACUCUUUAUUUAAAAAGAAUUAACUGUAAAUUGUUGUAUGUAAAUCCAUACUGCGUUUUCCCUCACGAAUUUAAUCCAGAAAAGUACUGAAGUUGAUUAGGUAAAACGAUUAACUCUUUAUCCAUCAGAAAAGGAGUGGACUUUUCCUUCAUCCAAUUAAAAUGGAGUUCUCUUUUAUACAAAAUUAGUUUAAAAAGUUUGGCAAAGAAACCAUUAAGCAAAUUUUGGAGAUAAAAUAUCUUUUUAAACCCAGAAAUUAACCUUGCUCCUGAACACUUUUGAAAUUACCGAUAGAGCGUUGAUAGAUUCGAGUUUAGUUGUCGCACUUCUGAUCAAAAUGAAAACAGAUCUUGCUUGAAUGAUUUGCCUUUCGAUGCCCCUCGGCAAUCUUGCUGCUACAUCGGUCUGAUUCACUCGAUAUUCUCAGCUGCUAUAUUUGUCAAAUUAUGAUCCGGAAAUAGUUAAAGAAAAUAUUUAAGGCCAAAGGCAAGCUCUAUUUCCAUUUCGCAAUUUUGAAACCACGAGUAAUCUGGCACGCAUUCCUAACCUCAAACAGAUUCAAGGCCUCCCACAAGCAAAUAAUUCCUGCAUCGAUUAGGUGUCCGAUAAAUAAUGGCUUGUAAGUACAAAUCGGCUGUGUUUCUCUCUCUUUUACAUAGCAGAUGACAAAAAAGGGCAACAUAACCCCGUACUGCGUGGACGGACAAAGAGAUAAAAAUUUACCGUAGUUUCGUAAUUAAAUGUAGGCUUUAUCUUUCGAUUCGUUAUUUUAAUGGGAUAUUAGUUUCCAGUGCAAAAUCGUUCAAGUACAUGCGCUCUACCUAACGUCCACGCUAGCCCCGUACACUCGUUAGAUAUUAUCCUCGAAGAUUUCCGGUCACGUGCCGUUUAAAUUCGCGAUUCCAACACUCGAAUACUUCAUCUGGGGAGAAUACCGGUUCCAUGUUUAGAGCCUCCCUCCGUGCAGACUUCCAUAUUAAAAAUUUUUAAGUGAUUUUAAAUUAAAACAGAAACUAUUAUACUUCUUCCUCACAUGACUAUCCACAUGCUAAUAGUGAAUGCAUGCUUAGUGCUGCCUUAGGUAAAGAGUUCUGCUUUGCGCCACCUGACGCCAAUUCCGAUCGUCAAUUGAACAUGAGAAGGAGGUUUUAAAAUAUGAUAGGAUCACGUGCCAGAUCGGAAAGUUGGAAUACAAGCAAGUUUUCAGGCAUUCGUUGCAGCCUGGUGUGCCAUUAAAAUACCGUGAAAAAAAAUUGAAAAAUAAGGCUUCCCAAAUUCCAAAGAAAACUGUCAACUCUUAACGUGGAGAGAUCUCUUCAAGUCAUGUGGGCAAUCAUCCCAGCUUUCAACGAUUUCAAUAUUAAACCCUUCUAAGCUGUGGUCACCGAACGUGUGUCACGUGGCAUGAAGGGAGAAAACUUGGUUGUAGCUGAUUGUGUCCAGGGUACAAAUUAGAAAAAGUGCGUGGCUUCGGCCAAAACCAAACAUAAAUGCCUUUUCUUCUCACCGAACUUAUUUCGUUUACACUUUCUUGAGGCUGUUUAACCCCUUUUUAAUAAAGCAGUACGAUUAUCUAUUGCUCCAUUUCAGUUUGAGUCAGGUUUUUGCGCACUCGCUAUUCGAAUACUCGUAGCGGAUUAAUUUGCAUCAAUUACACGCUAUAUUUGUCAUAUGCUGUAAUAAAUAUCUCUCUAUAGGUCUCUCCAUGCACUGGCUCAUGGCCCAAUUUUUGACUCACGUUGCGAUAUCUGUUCAUUUGCCAAACUUUUUUGACACACUUUAUAUUAUUAUUAUGUUCCUUGUAUCGUUAUUAUGCAGAAUAUUUUGCAUUUAAAAUUAAAAAGAUGUGUAAGCUUUGUAGUGUAUCAAAAUGUUUAAAUAAAAAACAUCUGCAAUUUGUUUUAAAAAAAUCUAUUAAGAAAAAUAUUCCCAAAUUUUAAAUAAAAAUUGAAUCCCUCGCGAUGCUUAAUAAAAACUUAUAACUCUUUCAAAGUGUAAAUUCAUUAUUUAAAAAUUCCUGACCAUUUUGGUGCGAAUUGUUCAAACAUUGUUUGAUGUUUUAAAACCAUUUCAUACAAUUGUGAUGUUAUUCAAUGUUACUGUACAUACGUUAUGUGAAGUACUUAAUCUAUCUGUGGAUUAUCGUCAUUAUUAAGUGAUUUAUUGUGUUAUCUAAGUGUUGAGGAUAUGUAUUGUAAUUUUCAUGUUAUUGAAAUCAUAUUUUAUUUAUUGUCAUCAAUUUCAUUUGUAAAUCUGAUAGCUUGUGCAUGCAUCAUUAAUUUUAAUUGUUAUUUAUUGAAUUUUACUAGUUUGUGCUUUUAUAUUUUCAUUAUGUAUUCAAACUUUCCCCCCAAAUUUAUGUAACAAAUAAACAAUAAAACUAAAUAACUGAUUAUCACUUA